AUGACCCAGUUCUAUCUGCCAGAACAAGCAAUUUAUCACAACGAUGGUCGCGAGCAGAGAUUACUGGAGUUCAUCCUGUCACACCCCGACUAUGCGUUGAUGAAAGGCUGCCCGGACAGAAUCCUAGCCGCCAUUGAUGAAUAUGGGAGGGAGAAAGCUUUUCUCAUGAAUGUCGGGACUGAGAAAGGUCAAAUUGUCAGCAAAGUCAUUUCCCGCGUCAAACCAGGGGUGAUCGUCGAACUUGGGGGCUACAUUGGCUAUUCUGCGCUUCUCUUUGGCGAUGCACUUAGGAAGGCAGGAGGUCGCAAAUACAUUAGCCUGGAAGUCAGCCCUAUCUUUGCCAGUGUCUCCGCUGCUUUGGUCGGGCUGGCUGGCUUGAGUGAUACUGUUGAAAUCAUGGUGGGGCCUUGUCGGGACUCACUGCGAGCCCUAAGCAAAGCAUACCCCGGCCGUGGCCUGGACAUGUUCUUCUUUGACCAUGCCAAGGUUGAGUAUACCAACGACCUGAAGCUUUGCGAAGAGCUCGGCUUGGUGUCGCAAGGUACCACCGUUGUUGCCGAUAAUGUCAGCCGGAACCCCGAAUAUCUGGAAUACGUCCGCGCAUCGGGCGCAAAGAAGAUGAAGGCGGCAGAUGAAAACAAGGGAUUGACACUGUGUCAUGAGUCUGACAUGUCCCUUGGUCGGCCUGACCUGCGAUAUGAGACGUCGGUGGUUCAUAGUAUUGAACCCACCGGAGAGCCUGAUGCAGUGGAGAUUUCAUGUUGCUUGGGAAGUAGCUAG